UGCGAGGGUUGCUGGGUUGCAUGUAGCUGCAGCCAUUUUGCUGUCCGGGCCCGAGACCCGGCAGCCACCGCCGGAAGACGGGAGGACGGCAGGAUGUUGCGGCUGCGCUGCAAGGCCCGGAGCGGCUCGUACCCGCUGCCCGGACUCACGGCGCACUCCUGCUUGCGGGAGCUUCAAGCCACGCUCGCCGCUCUCACCGGGGUGCCGGUCCAGGCCCAGCGGCUGCUGCUCGGCUUCCCCCCGCGCGGCCUCGACCUCACCGACGGGGAGCGGCGCCUCGGAGAGCUGGGCAUCCAUUCGGGUGAUACUCUAAUAGUUGAAGAAGAUGCAAGCAACCUCAGGACUGAGUCUUCCAUAGUUACAAAGCGGACUACUCCUAAUUCAGUCAGGGACACUCUUCCCGUGCUUGCCCGAAGAGUUGUACCUGCAGAUAACUCAUGCCUCUUCACCAGCAUAUAUUAUGUGGUAGAAGGUGGUGUUUAUGACCCAGCAUGUGCCCCAGAGAUGAGAAAUCUUAUAGCCCAGAUUGUAGCAAGUGAUCCAGAAUCCUAUAGUGAGGCAAUACUAGGAAAGACUAACCAAGAAUACUGUGAUUGGAUCAGAAGAGACGAUACAUGGGGAGGUGCAAUUGAAGUUUCUAUUUUGUCUAAGUUCUAUCAAUGUGAAAUUUGUGUAGUGGACACUCAGACAGUCAGAAUUGAUCGCUUUGGGGAAGAUGCUGGCUAUGCUAAACGGGUCCUUCUAAUUUACGAUGGUAUUCACUAUGAUCCACUUGAGCGCAAAAUACUCAACUCAGACAUUCCUCCCCAGACAAUUUUUUCUGCAUCGGAUGAUAUUGUCCUUGCACAGGCCUUGGAGUUAGCAGAUGAAGCCAGAAGAAAAAGGCAGUUCACCGAUGUUAACCGGUUUACAUUGAGAUGUAUGGUAUGUCAGAAAGGAUUGACAGGGCAAGCGGAAGCCAGAGAACAUGCCAAGGAGACAGGACAUACCAACUUUGGAGAGGUGUGAAUUUUUAUGUGAGGUUGGUUUUGCCUACUACCUCACUGAACAAGAACAAGCAUCCAGGUUUUACAUAAGCUGUAUUUAAUCGACAAUUCAUUUAAAGCUUGAAGGCCCUAUUAACUUAAUUAUGAAUGAUGCUCACAGGUUUGCUGUGAUUAGUGUGAGUUUACAAGUGUGUAUAGAAUGGUGUCACAUUGUUCCAACUGAACUGAAUGGUCUUUUGUAUGACUAAGAGAACUACACAGUUGAUCAUCAACUGCUGUAUCAGUUCUUGACAACUGGCAGGUGCAAGGUUUCUCUUGUGACAUAUCUUGGUUAACACACACGUACACUACUGUGGCUAGACUUGUGUAGAAUUUUAGAAUCACUGAUGGAAUAAAGUUCUCAGCUCAUCGACUGAAGUCGUGAUCUACUGAAUAGUUAUUAUGGUCUGUAUUCAUAUCUGGCAGCAUCAUUUGCCGCUGCUUUGUUCAUGCAAAGAGUUCUGCAUGGUUGUUUACCUAAAAGCAGGUCAUCUCCAUGGUUACUGGGUUUCUGAAUGUAAUCCUGAAAUUUACUGGUGAAAGUCACUGAAUAAGAAUACAACGUAGAGAGCAAUGGUUGUGUUGAUAAAAGGCCUUAUUUUUGAGCCUUCUUAGGGAGUUAAAUGUGAAUACAAUUUAAUGGACAUUGGUGCUUGCUGCAGUGUAGCUAUGGGCAUUUAUGGCAUAUUCUUUAAAAGUUACUGAAAUGAUAACAGAUCCCAGCAACAUAAAGUGAUUUUUUUUGAUAAGCUAAAUAUGGAACUCAGUGUGCAAACUACUGGGGAUGGUUUUGCUUGCCAGUUUGUGAAAAGAAGGAACAGUUCCAGUUAAUACUCAUCCACUCUGUUUUCUGAGUAAGCAUGUGCAUACCAGACCCUGGCUACUACUAGCUGAUUGUUCUUGGAACAAGUGUAUUGCCAAAAAGUUGAUUCUCAAAUGUGUACCUGCUUUUGGGGGCUGGGCGGUAAUAGAAAGUUGGUUUGAUUUCAUUGCUGCCAAAUGAUGUUGGUUUUGAUUAUCUGGAAGUUGCAGAAUAACAUCACUUUGCCUGCUUUAUUUCAAAACACCAUUAGUAAUGUGUCAACUGAUAAUUUUACAAUCUCCUUUAAUUUCACAGUUGACUGGCAUAACUUUAGCUGCUGAGGUUUUAAUUGGGUAACAUCACUGUAUAUUGUAAAAAUUUUAUUUUCCAAAUUUUUAAUGGUUUAAGAUUUUUUGGUAUCUUUGUUGUGCCAGAUUAUAGCCUUGAAUCAUGUGAACACAGCCUUAGCAAGACUUCCAUUCUACUGAAGAGUUAAAUAGUUUGAUUUUUUUAUAAAAUAAUCUUAGUAUAGUACAGUAGUACAGCUGUGCGAUUUUUUUGCAGAAAAGCUGUGUUGUAUCUUGGAGACAAGUUUAUCUUAAAACUUGAAGAAAGACAAAGUUGGCUGAGAAGAGAGAAACCUGAAAAGGUUUACAAGAUGGUAGUGUUGCCAUACUGAGUUUUAAAAUGCCUUUAACUACACCAAAUAAGUAGAAUUAAGCAGAAGUAACACCUUUAAAAAGGUGAAAAUGGUACUGACAUGAGAACAUUCCCAGUCACCAUGGUCUCUGUAACUACAAUCCCUAAAGUAUUACAGCAGCACUGCAGUUGAGCUAAAAAAUUUUUUUAAAUAACUGGAUACUGUUGCCAAGUAUUUUCAAAAUACUUGCUUUGCCAAAGUGGAACAAAGACACUGGAAUACCUUCUAACUAUUUGCUAAUAUAUGACUAAAGCAAUUUUCUGAAAAAAAUUCUGAGGCUUUUAACAGCUAAGUGUUCCAAAGUAUAAUAAAUUAGAUUAAAUCACACUUCCGUCAUGUGAAGUUAAUUACCGAGAAGUCUCAAAGCCAUUCAUUGUUGCAAAAGGAUAGGGUGUACAACUGCUGUCUGUCUAAUCCAUUAAGCUGUAGGUGAGAUCCAACAUUUUGAGCUGACCACACAGCUUAGGGCAUUGUUCCUAGUAUAGUAGAAGCCACAAUAUUCUGUUCAAGUAUUAGACAGAGUAGUUCCAUUAUACAGAGUUUGAUUUCAGUUAUGACACCUGCACAAUUCAGAAUAUUUAAUAUGUGGUGAUUCAGUGUUGGACUGAGCUGACAUGCAGUAAAGUUUUAGGGAUUUAUUGCACUCAUUGUUACUGUAGCUAUAUUGAUGCAUGCUGCUCUCCAACACAUUUUUAAGUCAUUCCUUGGGAUGAUUUCUAAGCUAUUUAUAUAUAAAUGAAUACACUCCAACUUCUCCACUAACGAGAACAGCAGCUGUUGUGCCUCUACAUGUGGGAUGUUGUUUUUGUUUUGGUUAGUUUGAUGUUCUGCUGCAAGCAGUGGUGCAAGUUAGCCAUGACUAACAAGUUCCAUAGCAUUCAGUGGGACUUAAUUACAACCAAGAGUAAGUUCACAUGUGACACAAAGUGCUGUUGAGUCACUCCUGUUGCUGUUUAACCACCGUGUUAUUUUAGGUGUUGCCUGUGUACAAAUAUACAAGUUCUGUCUGAAAUGCCUUUUUAGUUCUCACCUUGCAUUUUUUCCCCCAUAGACUUGUACAUGUUUAUAAAUGUAUCUGGUGCCACAAAGCAGAAAACUUGGUGCUUGCUUGUAUUUCAGUUCUCUGGAUAGGCAACUGUAAAACAGUGGCACUAAUAGGUCACUUUAAAACAAAUUGAAUAAAAGGUGAGAUUGCAUAGAUAAGGAAGUGGCGGCAGGUGUGAGAGAAAAUAAGCUCUUAAAUUGUCUGCUUUUUUUUAUAAGUCCUUGCUUACAAAAAAGUUCCACAGAGUUGCACCAGUGGUGUAUCCUUACUCACAUCACUUUAAAAAAAUUAAAGGGCAGGGAGGCUACCCGAAACCAUCUAGAAUAUUUUAUAUGAGGUGCUGCAAGAAAGGAACAUGGCAGGCCAAAGAGGUGUGGUGAAAGGGUGAUAUGAUUGUAUCAGUAUCUGGUAGCAUCCAAGUUAAGUGAAAAGAGUGUGUGUUCUGUCAUGCUACUUGCAAUAGAAAUGUUGGUAACAACAUGGGAGCAUUGAAGUAGAUGGAUUACCAUAAUGUGCAUUUUAAAUAAUGUGAGAUAGAUUUCAGUAGUACAAAGCAUACAUUAUUUUUUUUCUUAGUUGGACUCAUUCUCUUAGUUGAAACUCCUUUUAUGCUAGACCUAAGGUACUUUGCCCAACAGCCUUAAUCCGCUAAACUGGGCCAUGUUUCCUGAAAGCAUUUCCAAAGUUGCCUAGUUGCAUAUUCUCCUGCCUAGUGUGGGGAAAAAGAUGUCUAAGUAUUGUUGUUUUGCUUGAUUGUGACUUAAAUAAACACAAGUUGAGAGUAAAGCAAAUAAAGCAGACCAUUAUUACCAA